AAUAAAAAAAACAUAAAAACAGAUUAAUGGACAACAUGGGGAAAAGCAAUUACAAGACAGCAAUUAAAUGACCCUUUAAGCGACUUUUGAAACAUGGAGUAUACAAGUUACAUACAAGUUACAUACAAGUAAUGGUAUUUUGUGUAAAGCAAAUGUCAUCAAUGAAUUAAGCCUUUCCAAUCAAAUAAGGGUAUUCUGUGUGUUUUUAACGCUCGUGAAUAUGAUUGGUCUUCUGGACCUGUCACUCAUAUUUUCUGACCAAUUAAAAGUCUGGAACAUUAAUGUGGGCGGGGCUAACUUUGUACCGGAUGCUGUAGUGAAAGUGCGUCAGUUGAGGAGUCAAAGGUAAAAUUCUCCUCUCAGUCCUUCCUCUCCACGUGAGCUCAGGUCAGCAAGUGCAGAGUUGCCCUGGAGCUGCUGAGGAGUCAGCGUCUUGCUCAAAGACACUUCAACAGGGUAUGACCUCAAGACUUUGUGUCUCAUGGAGUCGACGCCAGUUCCCCAGGUGGCGUUCCAACAAGGCAAAUCAACAUAAAAAACAGCAUGGCAGAAAUGAGGUACAGUAUGACAUCAAGACUUUGUGUCUCAUGGAGUCGAUGCCAGUUCCCCAGAUGGCGUUUCAACAAGGCAAAUCAACAUAAAAAUGAGUGAUGCCACCUUGUCCCCAGCCCUCAGCAGUUAACUUGAUAACUAACCGACGUUCAGCUGCUGUCGGUUGCACCGUCAGUUAGUCUCCUGCCGUUCACCGUCAACAUGAACUCCUAUAACGUGUUGGAGCUGGUUGGAGAGGGCUCCUUCGGUCGAGUUUACAAGGGAAGGAAGAGAUUUACAGGCCAAGUGGUGGCUCUGAAGUUCAUGCCGAAGGUGGGUCGCUCUGAAAAGGAGAUAAAGAGUCUGAAAAGGGAGAUUGACAUCAUGAGAGGUCUUCAACAUCCUAAUAUUGUCCAACUCUUUGACAGCUUUGAGACUGAAACUGAGGUUGUGGUUGUAACUGAGUAUGCGGAGGGUCAGCUGUUCCAGAUUCUGGAGGAUGAUGGGAAUUUACCUGAGAGCCAGGUCCGUGAGAUCGCCUGCCAGCUGGUCUCAGCUCUGUAUUAUUUACACUCCCAUCGCAUUCUUCAUCGUGACAUGAAACCACAAAAUAUUCUGUUGGGAAAAAGUGGGGUGGUGAAACUGUGUGACUUUGGGUUUGCAAGGGCCAUGAGCGUCUCCACCUUGGUGCUGACUUCUAUCAAGGGAACGCCACUGUACAUGUCUCCUGAGCUGGUGGAGGAGAAGCCGUACGACCACACAGCUGAUCUCUGGUCUCUGGGCUGCAUCCUUUAUGAACUCCACACGGGGGCGCCUCCGUUCUACACCAACUCCAUCUUCCACCUGGUGCAGCUGAUAGUGGGAGACAAAGUCAAAUGGCCAGACACUAUGAGCGACACCUGCACGAGUUUCCUGAAAGGUUUGUUGACCAAAGACCCUCAGAAGCGGCUGUCAUGGCCGGACCUCCUGCACCACCCCUUUGUUGCAGAUGGUGUUUUAGUGUUGUCAGACACAGGCCUUUACAGCCCUCUGACGGUCUCUCCAAGCCCAGACAUGAUGGCACUGAAACUACAGCAAGUGGCGGAAAAGACGGUACCGACUCCUGGAGGGAGCAGGUUAUUGCGAAAGGUCAGGCAACAGGCGGAUAGUAAAAAAGGGAAGCCAGUAGGCAGCGACAGCACGAAAAAAAAGAAGGAUGGAGUGGGAAAUGAAAGGGCCACCUCUGCGACGGCAGCAGCAGCAGCAUCCCCUAGAGCCAAGCCCCGCUCCAGUGAUGUCUCUGUUACCUCGGGUCACUCGGCCGUGACAGCUGCCAAUCAAAGCCUCAACCCAAAGAAUCAAGCCUGCGUGAAAUCAAAACACAGGGGUCAGAUCAGCAGGGACUAUGAACAGGAGUUCCCCUCGGUAGAAGUCGGGCCGCGGCUGGUGCAGAGAUGCAAUGAGGACAGGCAGGACGUCGACAGUGAGGAGUAUUGGGAGAAACUGGCCCAAGAAUCAGAUCCAAGCAGACAGCAGAGAGAACUAUUAAACUACAGUGCCAUUAUACUUCAACUUAAAUCCAAGAUCCUGGCAUUUAAAGCUCAGCUCACAGGUGGCGUUGUUAAAGAAGCGUGGCGGAUUCGCCUACCACUGAAGGUCUUACGCAACCUGAUUCUGACCUCUGACCUUGAGAAGUCCCACCACAUCUGUCAUGAACUUGGACUACCCCACGUCCUCUUUGACCUAGUCCGUGAUGCUGUAGAAAACUCCAAUCUCGUCAAGCAACCAUGGAGUGUGCCAGCGCUCGGAGAAAUGAUUGUUGUGCUCAUGAUCUACUGGGAGAAGCACUGUGACUGGGUGGAAGAAGAGCACAGACUGGAAGAGUUCACCAAGCCUUUCAUUGCAAUCCUCAGCCAACCAAACCUCAGUCCGUUGGCGCCUCUGGCUGCCUUCGUUUUGUCUCUGUUAACACAACAAGACGUUCAUGUUAAAGUCGAUGUGGACACUCUAACCUCCUUGCUGAAAGAAACGCUUUUAGACUCAUAUGAGCCCCAACUCUCUCUUCCUUCUGGCUGGGGACUCUGUGACGGCCUCCUGUCUUUACUCCUACACACACUCUCUGAGCAUGAAAAUGGCUCUGGACCUUCAAGUUUAGAUCCAGUAAUGUUUCUGGAUCUAUGGAAAACAAUUGGCUCUUCACUAGCCAGGACAACACCAGACGGCAGACCAGACUUCUGUUCAGCAAAUGGGCUGCAUUCCUUUCUGUUCACCUCGCUGUUUGUCUUCACCAAGGAUCCAUUGUCAUGCAUUCCUCUGUUUUGUGAGCGCGAAUCAAAAUGUGUUUACACCCUUGGCCGGCUGCUGGGCGCUGACUGUCUUCAUUUGUUUGCUGAAGGCGAUCCUGGGAGACAUGAGGUGGACGUGAGUCACGACAGCUUGUCCGCGUUGAGCUGCCACUUGUUGUGCUUUCCGUUCGCCCUGGACCUGCCUUCACACGCCGCGUCCACGAUUUUACAGCUGUAUGACAGUUGUGGUAUUGUUGCAAGCCUCCUGCAGGUAAUUCAAACUCUUCCUCCUCCGCUAUUAGAGCUGCCUCUCUCCCUGCUGAGCCGUUUGCUCCUGUGUGACCCCGAGCGCUCCGUUUACCGCCUCGGGGAAGCUGCUUGCGUUUUUUUCGCGCCACCCGCAGACGGCCAGCUUGCUGGCUCCAAACGCCACGCUCCACGAGGCAGAACUGCCAGCUCUCUGCUCUCUGCCCUGCUGCAGCUGGAUGUGCUGUGGGACUCCGCCGUGGAGCUCUUAACUCUGUUGUCCCAAGUAGCCCGUUGCUCCCCUCGGCCCGCCCGCCUUCAGCUCCACCUGGAAGCCUCGGCGCUGCGCCAGGCGCUGGCUCACUCCUAUGACCAGAUCAGGGCUGCCACGUGCAGGCUUCUUGGAAAUUUGGAUCCAUUCAGGCCUCCCACACCGCACACCCUGCAACCUGACAUUUUCAAAAGUAUGAUAGACUGUCUGCACGAUUCUAGCAUGCCUGUCCGGCGGACGGCCUGCAGGGCGGUCGGGAACUGGUUGGGAUUUAUUGCGGCAGAGUUUAAAAUGGCUAGGUCCAAUGGAAAGGGCAGUACAGGGUGGGGCAAAGGAAAGAGACACAAUGAGGCAAUAGGAGAUUUGUCUACGAUAGCAGAACAGGGAGUGGACGACGAGGAGGGGUGCAGGUGGAUAGAGGAAGCCAGGAGGACGGCGGCCAUGCUGGCGUCUCUGAUCACUGACCCCGACGCCCUCACACGUCGCCACUGCUGUGCGGCCCUGGGAAACCUGGUCAGUGUUGAUGGCGCCGUAUCCGUGCUGUUGGAGGAAGACGUGUCCAGCUUACUUCUGAGAGCGGCGUGCAUGGAUUCCCAUAAUGCAGUGAGACAAGCUGCCAUAGCAACCCUGUGCCUGUACAGCGAGCAGGACGCAAUACGUCAGGUGCUGAGAUCCUUCGAUGCCAGUGAGAAACUUCUUCAGGCUUCACAACACGCUCCUCCACAGUGUGACUACGGUCAGCUCAUCAGACGGCUGUAAGUGAGUCCAGUUCACCAGGAAUGAUGACAGUAAAUCAUUCUUCUCCCUCUUCACUCUCCUUUAAUCUUCCUUUCUUAAGCAGCGUGGUGGAGGACUACACACAGUAACCAUUUAUUCUUUUUAUAAAAUGUGUCUUUUUUUUAUUUUAUUUAAAGAUUAAGUAAAGUUACUGGAAAUAAAAAAGUAACUUUUCUUAAUGGAGGUUUUUGCUGGCACAGCUGGAAUUGUGGCUGAAAUAAAAACAAAAGUGUGUUAUGUGUGCUAUUA